UGCAACGGGCCACACAUCGCACCACGCCUUCGCGCCACUCCCCCACCGCUCCGCCGCCACCUCCUCCUGCAUCGAUCGCCCGCCGCCGCCGCCGCCGCCGCCAGUGAUCCGCGGCCGCCGCGGCUGCGCCGUCCGGUAGCCCUCGCCGCCCGUCGUCCCCGGCUCCGGUCGGCCGCGCAGCGGAGGCGGCCACCCCAACCACACCCCCGCGUGGGCGUGGCCUCGUGAGUCGGGUCGGGUUGGAGCCACCCGAGACCCGUUUGGGCGGCUGCUCCAGUUCCUUUUCCCCUUUUGUCUCUCGCGACUGCUAUUUUCUCUCUCCCCUUCGUCCAGACCGAGAGGAGGGUGCGAAGACAGGGAGGAGGGGCGACGAGCAGCAGCGUGGCCACGCCCAAAUCCAGCCAUUCGAUCGAGGCCCCUCGCCCCCUACUCGCUGAAUCCCAGCCCGAGCCCGCCAAUUGGGCGCGCCGCCCACGCUGAGGACAAAGGAAGAAAAACAUUGGCGUGCUGAGAAGCCCAGCCGCGCUUUUCUUGGACCACAGAUGAAGCGAACUCGAAGGCGUACGUGGGAGAGGGAUGACUGAUGAGGGAUGCUAGUGACAUUGAUGAACUUGUUACGGGCGUGCUGGCGACCGUCAUCGAACCGGCAUGCCCGAACAGGCUCAGAUGUUGCUGGUAGGCAGGAUGGACUUUUAUGGUACAAGGAUACCGGACAGCAUGUCAAUGGGGAAUUCUCCAUGGCUGUUGUCCAGGCCAAUAACUUACUUGAGGACCAGUGUCAGAUUGAGUCAGGCCCAUUGAGCUUCCUAGAUUCUGGACCAUAUGGCACUUUCGUUGGUGUUUACGAUGGACAUGGUGGUCCAGAGACGGCUUGCUACAUCAACGAUCAUCUCUUCCAGAAUCUGAAAAGGUUUGCAUCUGAGCAGAAUUCAAUGUCUGCUGAUGUACUGAAGAAAGCGUAUGAAGCUACAGAAGAUGGAUUCUUCUCUGUUGUUACCAAACAGUGGCCUGUAAAGCCUCAGAUAGCGGCUGUUGGCUCAUGCUGCCUGGUCGGUGUAAUCUGCGGUGGCAUGCUUUAUGUUGCCAAUGUUGGGGAUUCCCGUGUUGUUUUAGGAAGACAUGUUAAGGCCACUGGAGAAGUUUUGGCUGUCCAACUGUCAGCAGAGCAUAACGUAAGUAUUGAGUCAGUGAGAAAGGAACUGCAGUCAAUGCACCCGGAAGAUAGGCAUAUUGUUGUUCUCAAGCACAAUGUUUGGCGUGUAAAAGGACUAAUUCAGGUUUGCAGAUCAAUCGGUGAUGCUUACCUGAAAAAGCAAGAGUUCAACAAGGAACCUCUAUAUGCAAAAUUUCGCCUCCGCGAACCUUUUAGCAAGCCUAUACUAAGUUCGGAGCCAUCAAUCAGUGUGCAACCACUACAACCACAUGAUCAGUUUCUCAUAUUUGCAUCUGAUGGACUUUGGGAGCACUUAACCAACCAAGAGGCUGUUGAUAUUGUUCAAAGUAGCCCUCGCAAUGGCUGCGCUAGGAAGCUGAUAAGAGCGGCACUGCAAGAAGCAGCCAAGAAAAGAGAGAUGAGGUACUCGGACCUCAAGAAGAUCGAGCGGGGUGUCCGCCGCCACUUCCACGAUGACAUAACAGUCAUAGUAGUGUUCCUUGACUCGAGCCUCGUAAGUAGGGCGAGCACUCACCGAGGUCCCGCUCUUUCCCUGCGAGGUGGCGGCGCCAGCAUGCGCAGCAACACGCUCACACCAACGUGACUAGAGGAGUGCCUGCCUCACCGAGACGACACGCCUGACUGAAGGAGGUUAUUUUUCCUUGUGUCUAAUGUGUUAUAUAAUGAUGUGUCGGCCAAGACCACCCCACCCAUCCACUCAACGCUGUAAAGAAAUAGGAGAGGCAGAGAAGCUCCUCUCCCGUUCCGGUGUCCUUUAAUCCCAUCACAGUAAUGUACGUGUCAAGGUUGGCUCGAGUCAAUAGGUUGGUUCUCUGUUGUCUAAAUUGAUGAUGCUCCGCGGUCACCUGGAAAGGCAAGCAUGUGUCCGUUCCGAUUGCUGGAAUUAACCCUAGUGCAUAUAUAUAUUAUGUAUAUGGAAUAAUAAUAAGCAGCCAAAAGGAGGAGUAACUUAUUUAACUGAUGGUGUCAAGUGUAUGUAUAAUGUUUUGACUCGGUACUGCAUCUAAAGCUGUUGUUUUAUUGACCACUGGCGAAGUGGAAUUGCUGUUCCUGGUAAA